AUGGUGUUCAACUGGAGAGCCAUGUACCUGGGGCACAAGUUGUUUGUUGAAAUUCCCAAGUCUACACUGCCAAGCUGUUCUAAGGAAAGCUUCAUAAUGUUGUUGGAGUAUGCUGAAGAUGUCUUAAGGUGCAGUCAUGUAAUUAUUUGCUUCAAGAAGGACAGGCCAGAUAGAGAGAAUCUGGUGAAGAUCUUCAUGUUCCUGGGCUUCCAUCUGGUUCCUCCAGGGCAUGUUCUGGCUCCUUCGUCGUCAGGCAACAUAAUGUACCUGGCCUAUGCUGUCGAUGACGACAGUGAUGAUGGAGAGUUUUGA